UUUAUAAAUACAGCUCCACCGUUCUUGGAGUCUUAACGAACUUUGUAACCUGCGGAGCCUGCAGAAACCCGUCGGCUUCUGGCUCGUUCGCCUCUCUCUCUCUCUCUCUCUCUCUCUCUCAGGUGACCGCUUUGCUUCUUCGAUUAGCUACCGAGGAUGCCGAGAAAAGGGCUUAGGAGCCUCCUCCCCUCCUACUCCUUCCCCUCCCGUCAUCAUGAUGGCCGAUCCCUUGCUCCGCCUUCUCCUCACCGGCGGCAGCAGCAGAGCUCCGCCGCCACCAUGAUGGAGGACAAGGUGACGGCCGUGGAGGCCAUCAUCACCAAGUGGGACCCGAACGCCUCCUCCUUCGCCAAGAUCACCUCCCUCUUCUACCAGGACCGGGCCGAGGCCCACCGCUUCCUCCUGGCCGUCUCCGACCUCCAGCGCGCCAUGCUCGAUUUCGCAUCCGACAAGGGGAACCUGGUGUCGGGAUCGGAUGCGCUGGUCCGUGCCCAGACGCUGAUGCAAGCCGCCAUGCGCCGCCUCGAGAAAGAGUUCGACCAGAUCCUCUCCGCCAACCGCGACCGCCUCGACCCGGAGUCCGUCUCCGCUCGGUCGUCGCGCUCCAGCGUCUCCGACGCCGAAGACGAUGUCGGCGGGUCAUCGGAGGAUGACAUCCGUGCCGCCGGGGAGUCCAUCGGCGAGGUUGAGCGUGCCGCGGCCAUCGCCAUGGCGGACCUCCAUGCAAUUGCGGAGACCAUGAUGUCGGCCGGGUACGGCAAGGAAUGCUUCCGGAUCUACAAGAUCCUCCGCAAGUCCAUCAUCGACGAGUGCCUCUACCGCCUAGGCUUCGAGAAGCUCAGCCCCUCCCAAAUCCAGAAGAUGGACUGGGAGUCGCUCGACUCCAAAAUCCGAACCUGGCUCGCUGCAUCCCGGGUAGCCGUGAAGACGCUCUUCUCCGGCGAGCGGAUACUCUUGGACCACGUCUUCGCCGGGUCGGAUUCCAUCCGGGAGGCAUGCUUCGCGGACAUCGCUAGAGACGCCGCCGUCCAAUUCCUCAGCUUUCCCGAAUUGGUGGCAAAAUCGAAGCGGUCGCCGGAGAAGAUGUUCCGGAUAUUGGAUCUCCACGAUGCAAUCGCCGAGCUCUGGCCGGAGAUCGAGCCCGUCUUUUCUUUUGAAUCCACCGCGGCGGUUCCGACUCAGGCGCUGAAUUCACUUGUCAAGCUCGCCGACGCGGCCCGGGCCACCAUCGCCGACUUCGAGGUGGCGAUGCAAAAGGACACUUCCAAAUCGCCGAUCCCCGGCGGUGGGAUCCAUCCGUUGACCCGCUACUCUAUGAACUUCGUCGCCUUGCUUGCAGACUACGAUGCCGCCCUUGCUGACAUCUUCGCAGACUCCACUCUUCACAUGCCGUCCUCACUUCCCGAUUUUUUCUUCGACACGUCGCAGGCGUCGGCACCGCCGUCGCCAGCUCCAUCCUCCGCCGCCUCCACCUCCAACUACGAGGAGAACCCCGGAUCUCCGGUCGCCGUCCGGCUCGCACGGCUUAUUCUUGUACUCCUCUGCAAGCUUGACGACAAGGCAGGGCUCUACCGGGAGGUGUCGCUAUCCUACCUCUUCCUCGCCAACAAUCUUCAGUACAUAGUGAACAAGAUUCGGGGGAGUCGGCUUAGUCACCUUCUCGGCGAGGAGUGGGCGACGCGGCACGCGGCGAAGGCAAGGCAGUACGCUUCCAACUUCGAGCGGCUUGGUUGGAGCAAGGUGGCGGCGGCGAUCCCGGCGGGGGAGGUGGGGCCGGCUGAAAUGCGGGAGCGGAUGCGGGCGUUCAACGCGGGCCUCGAGAAGGCUUGCCGGAACCAGGCGGAGUGGGUCGUCGCGGACGCUGGGAUGAGGGAGGUUGUGAGGGCGGUGGUCCGGGGGAUGAUCGUGCCGGCGUACCGGGGAUUCUACGUCAAGUGCCGGGCGGAGCUCGGCGACUCGGCGGUGGUGAAGUUCUCGCCGGAGGACGUGGGGAGCCGCUUGUCGGAGCUCUUCUCUGGCUCGGAUGGUUCGGACUCCGGCUCGGAGUCUUAUUCCGGUUACCGGCUCGGAUCCGGCUCUGUUUCCGGUGGGUCAAAGUGGUCGUCGCGGUCCGCAUAAGAGCACAUUUUACCCUGUUCUGUACUCAGUUCUCGUUAAUCCUUGCGUGCGUGCUCUUUUCUGCAGACCACUCAUUUGUUCGUCUUUUUUCCCCCCUGUUAGCAUCUUGUUAUUGUUAAUUAACUAUACGUGCAUGCAGCUUGUGAAUUAUUGCUUAAUAACUCAUCGUUUUCGUUCA